AUGAUUGAUUUUAACACUUUAUUUAUUUAUUGCUAAAACCUUAAAAUUUUAGAAAGAUCAAACAAAAAUGAUAUCAUAAUAAAAAUGCAAGAAAUAUAGAGCAAAAUAUACUAAAUAUUUUAGAAUAGAUUAGUAAAAAUAAUUAUUUUGCAAUUUAAUUAGUUAAAUUCAUAUCUUUAAUUUAUAUAACAUAUUUCAUGUAAAUCCACUACUUAAUUGUUCAUCUAUUUUUUAGAAUUCUGUGCAUACAAACUCAAAUUUCCACAGCUGAAAUAUUAUAUUAAAAAUUAAUUCGUUCCCCCCUUAAGUGAAAAAAAAAGAAAAAGAAAAAGAGUUUUUAAUAGAAAGUCAUUAAAAAGUAAUUAAUUAGUGAAUUAAUUAAUUAGUCAAUCAAUAAUUAAAUUAAAGAAGUAAAGAAAUAAGUGA